AUGGCGGGCGACAAACCCUACCCCGAAGUUCCUAUCGGCAACAUCAACCACAGCAAUGCCGCCGUCGUCAUUAUCGGAGCUGGCAUCAGUGGGAUGUGCACCGCCAUUGAUCUCGUCAAACGUAACAACUGUCGCAACUUCGUGAUCCUGGAGAAGUCCGCUGGUCUGGGAGGCACGUGGAACGACAAUAAAUAUCCAGGAUGCUGCUGCGAUGUCUGGAGCAUGCUGUACUCCUACUCGUUUGCGCAGAACUCCGCCUGGACAAGGGAAUAUCCUGGGCAAGAGGAGAUUCUGCGAUAUCUCGUUAGCGUGGCACAAGAGUACAAUCUGUAUCAGCAUGUGAGGUUCAAUUCUACAGUCGAAGACGCUACAUGGGACGGCGAGGAGAUGAAAUGGAAGACGAGGGUCACCGUUGCAAGUGGCAGCAAGGAUGCUGAGUUCAACCCAGAGUACACGAUCAAGAGUGACUUCUUGGUCAGUGCCGUUGGUCAACUCAAUCAGCCGAGAUGGCCGGACAUUCCUGGUGUGGAUACUUUCGAGGGCAAGACCAUGCAUUCUGCGAGGUGGGAUUGGAGCUACGAUCUGAAGGACAAGAGGGUCGCCAUGCUGGGUAACGGGUGUACGAGCGCUCAGAUCGUUCCGGAGAUCAUCAAAGUCGCCAAACACGUUACUAUCUUUCAACGCACCCCGAACUGGAUCUUCCCGCGCAUGGACCAGCCCGUCUCGCCCAUGUGGCAGACUAUCUACAAAUACGUCCCGCCAAUCCGAUGGCGAAAGCGAGCAGGGCAGAUGGACUACCGCGAAUCCUUCUACGAUGCCAUCAUCGAUGGUAACUCCGAUCUCGCGCAGCUAUGUCGCACAGCACAUCAGCAGAAGCUCGAAGCUGAGCUGCCGAACCGGAAGGACCUCUGGGAGAAGUUGACGCCGAACUACAAUCCGGGAUGCAAGCGGAUCAUCAUUACGGACGACUACCUGCCGGCUCUCGGAUUGCCGAACGUGGAUCUUGAGACCAGAUCCAUUGACAGUAUCAGCGGGAGCAACGUGAAAGUGAAGGGCGAUGACGGGGAUGUCGUGGAUGUAGAGCCAGAGUUCGACCUUCUUGUGUGCGCAACGGGCUUCAAGACGGUUGACUUCAUGCAUCCGAUCCAGAUGUACGGCAAGAAUGGCCGCUCGAUUAGAGAUAUCUGGAAGGAUGGGGCACAAGCCUACAACGGGACUGUCGUGAAAGAUAUGCCCAAUUUCGGCAUGCUGUACGGCCCAAACACGAAUCUCGGACACAACAGCAUUAUCUUGAUGAUUGAGUCACAAUCUCGCUACAUCAACGGUCUGAUCAAACCAGUCCUUGACGCUCGCCGACAGGGUAAAGCGCUUAGCCUCGCCCCCAAAGUAGAGAAGGUCAAAGAAUACAACACACGCCUACAAGAGGAGCUUUUGCGCUCAUCUUUCAACGAUCCGAAUUGCAACUCUUGGUACAAGAACGAAAACGGCAUCAUCACGAACAACUGGUCCAGGACUGUCAUUGAUUACCAGGAGCAGUUGGCGGAUGUCAACUAUGAGGACUACGUUGUCGAAGGGAGCGGAACUGAGAUUGCGAGGAAGAAGGGCAAAUUGCAUGUCGGGAGAGUGAAGGAGGAGACGAGUGUGAGUGAUCGCACGUUGAUGGUGUUGGGAGCCGUGAGCACGGCUGCUGUGGUUGGAGGGUGGUUGAUGAGGAACUCAAGGUACCUGAGUGGCAUACGAGUGAGGUGA